UGUUGCUGCCUGAUCCCCAUGGACAGAUCCUGGGAGUAUGGCAGGCACUGGUGGCAGGAGAUGGUGGACAUGAAAUCUGUGCAAGAAACUAGGUUCAAGGCAGCCAUCAAGGUGAUCCAGAGCCUGCCGAAGAAUGGUUUAUUCUGGCUAACACAUGAAAUGAUGCUCAAGUUCUAUAGCAUCUGUAAACAGGCAAAUGAAGGAGCCUAUAAACUUUCAAGGCCAGGAUUCUUGGAUCCUAUUGGAAGAUAUAAAUGGGAUGCUUGGAGUUCAUUGGGAGGUAUGACUAAGGAAGAAGUCAUGAUUGCAUAUGUGGAGGAAAUGAAAAAGAUUAUUGAAACUACGCUGAUGACUGAGAAAGAAGAAUUGCUACAUGCCAUAGGUCCAUUUUAUGAAAUUGUAGGUGACAAAAAGAGUGGCAGGAGUUCUGAUUUAACCUCAGAUCUUGGUAAUGCUCUUACUUCUACUCCAAGUGCCAAAACUGUUAUUGGGAAAGCUGAAAGCCCUGAUAGUGGAGCUGAGUCAGAGGAAGAAGAGUUUUUGGAGGAAGCAAAGGCAGCAGAACAAAGUGAUACUGAUAUGAAAGUGACGACAAAAUCAGGGAAGUAUAAGAAUUUGAAAAUCAUUGUCAAUAAUGGUUAUGGUAAAGACAGCUUUAUUCAGGAUAUACAAGAUGACAUUCAGGCCAUUUCUUCCCUGAAUGGUGGAGGUGUUAAAGAAGUAAAACCUGUAGAGCAAAACUUGGAGCAAACUGGAAAAAUUGCUGUCUGCAUUCAACAAGAUAUAAACGAUGAUCAUGUUGAAGAUAUUUCAGGGACUUGGCAUUUGACAAGUGAUUCAGACAGUGAAGUGUACUGUGAUUAUAAGGAGCAAUUUGGACAAGAAGAGUCUUUAGACAAUUUCACAUCAAGCAGUGGAAUAUUUCAAUAUUACAUGGGCAGUGAUCCCAACAAACCCUUGGACAAUUCUGUUUUUUCUGAAGCUGUUCAAGGACCACCCGGAACUGGCAACAUUGGGACUAUGCAGGUGGCAGCAGUUGAAGGAAAAGGUGAAGUAAAGCACGGAGGCGAAGAUGGCAGAAGUAACAGUGGAGCAGCACAUGAAGAUGGAGACAUGGAGAUGGAGACGCACAGGGUGCCGCAUCUGAAUGACGGGAUCAGGUGUGGUGGACAAGUGGGCAAUGGAGGAGACAGCGAGUGCUGCGGCUCAGACAGUGGCUCUCAAGGCAGCCUCAAUGAGCAGAUUGUGCUUGUGCCCAUGCGCUUCCAGGAGGACACACAGAAUGUGCUGCAGACGCUGCAUGACCUGGAGAGCCUGGCUGCCUCACAGGCACGAUUACCAACAUUGCAGUCUAGUAAUCAGUCCUACCAGAGUCCAUCUUGGUGGCUGUUUGAGAUAUCUCCAGGUGCAUUAACUUUUGCUAUUGUAUGGCUUUUUAUUGCCCAGUGGCUGGUGCAUUUAUAUUAUCAAAAAAGA